GAUGUUAGUUCGACCAUUGGUCUUGUGAGUGUUUCCGAAACCCUCGACCUGAGCGAUGGCAGCAUGGCCGCAGCGGGCGCCGCCGCGGACCCGAGCUGCAAUCGCAGGCGCCUCUCUGCCAAGGCGGCGCCUCGUGUGGUUUCACAGAGGCGCGAACCCGUCUGCCCCACCUUCGACGUCGAGACGGACGAGCCUGGCGGCACGCAGGUAGAGACGCAGACGCAGGUGGAGAUGGCCGACCACAUCGAGACCCAGGUGGAGGGCGACUCCUUCUUCCAGGCGCCCCACGGCGAGGACGACCUUGGUGCUAGGGCAAACGGUGCUCAGCAAUGGGAUGACACGGACGGAUUCGAGGCCGCCAUCGCAGCAGCUGGCGACACAUGGGAGCAGGAGAUCGACGACAUGCAGAAUGGCCAAGUGGACGAGCAUGCCAUCCCGACCGAGCAGGGAGAGCCAGCUGACAAACAGGAGAAGGACUGGGAGAUCGACGGGGAGAAGCAGACGGCCGAGGAGGCUUGGGAGGAUGACUGGACGAGCGACGGCGAGAAGCGAGACGAGAAGGGCGACUUGCAGCCUCACCCUGAGGCUUGCGGUCUGGAAGCGUACCUCCAGGUGAUGCCUAACGCGUCCAGCGAGGAGAUGCCUGAGCAGCCUACCGACGGCGGUGAACUCGGUGUGGACGAGCGUCCGACAGGCAUGCAGAUCGACGCGAUGUUCAGCGCGUCGCUCAAGGACGAGCCUGAAGGCGACGAGCCCGUCAUGGAGAAGUCCGCGUUCGAGGAGCUCAUGGAGAAGUUCAUGACGUUGAAUGGCCCGACUGACGCAGAUGGGCCGCCAGACACGGAUGGCGCGAAGGGCGUCGAGGACGAUUCGGAGCUCAUGAACUGCGCGCUCAACGGGUUCAAUUUCUUGGCGAGGAGCCCGAUGGGCUGGCGCUUCCAGAGGUGGCUCAACGGGAACACUGACAAGUGGGAGGAGUUCGGCCAGCUCGGCGCCCCUGGUAAGAAGGCGUUCAAAAUGCAGUGGGCCGAAGACUUGUACGACGAGCACAUGAAGCGCAAGACGAAGGUGGAGAAGAUGAAGCAACGAACCAUCAAGAGAGGACGUAUGCUGAACAUCGACCAGAUCAUCAAGGCUCAGGGAGGACAUGAAUCAGCAUCCGCUGUGGCGGGCGCGUAUGCCAUUGCCGAGUACGCCAUGAAGAAAGCUGCUGUCGAACCUGGCUGGGUUGAGGUGGACCCGUCCAGCCGUCGCAUGACCUUCCGCAUGAUCGAGAGGGGGACAGGGCAGGGGCAUUCAAAAACGUGGUCGAUUUCCGAACAGGACGGCGCCGAUGCUGGGCCAGCUGCCCCUUCGACAGCCGCUUCCAGCUCUGUUCUCUGCGCGCCUGCCCACAGGGGCGGCCGCGUCGCAACAGAAACGCCUGACAGAGAGGCGCGGGCUCCAGACGGCUCCGCCGAGGCGCUUGGCGAGAAGCCGCCUGAGGAUGGCGCCAGCGGAGGUGGUCUUUCGACUGACGGCAGUGGCGAGGGGAAGGGCAGCGGCAAGGACGACUUGGGCAAGGGCAGCACGAAGGGCACCGAGGAGGGCAAGGGCAGCACGACGGGCACCGACAAGGGCAAGGGCAGCACGAAGGGUACCGACAAGGGCACCUCGAAGGGCACCGAGAAGGGCCAUUGCACCAAGGGCACCGACAAGAGCAAGGGCGGCUCCCCGAACAAGGAUAAGGGCAAGGGCAAGGGCACCAGGAAGUCGACCUCGAAGAGUGCUGGUAAGAGAACUGGGCCUGGCACCAGAUCGAGUCGCGGCACGACGGGCGCCGACCCGGCGAAGAACGACAGCAUGAAGUACGCAGAGGAGACCGCUCAGCUCUACAACAAGGCGACGCUGCAGGCUAAGUCCCUGACUGACAAGAUCACGACCAAGAAGGAGCCCGACUGGGCGUGGGCUAAAAACGAUGAUUUCGCAGGCCCGCUCCAGUCUAAGCUCCUGAAGUGCGAGCGUAAUGCUAACUCGGACGAGGCUUUCAUGGAGCUCCUCGCCUGGGGCGCGAAGUCAGUGAAGGAGACGUACGGCGAUGAGAACGCCUACGAGAUGUUCGCCAAGGCCGAGCGCCACUGGGAUGAG